CGUAUCUUGUUAACUUUGCUAUCUUUAAUCAAAAAUGUGCAUAUAAUGUAUUGAUUUGCAUGUUACGUGUAAGGUGAAUACGCUCGUUUGACGUUAUAUAUGUGAAAGGUUAUAAAUUUAAACGGUACAUCUUUUACAUUGAUUUGUCAGUAUGCCUGUCUUCUUAUGUACAUACGUUUUAUUCUUAUCAAAUUUAUUAUAGUACUAUACGGACAUGUCAGUUGCUUUUUAUUAUAGGCAUAUCAUUCAAGUUUCAUUGAAAAUAAUGGAAAUGUCGGUAAUAUGGCACUUCUGCCAAUUAGAACGCAUUUUAGGGGUCCUGCACCUCCCUUCAACAAUAAGGAUCUAGAUAUAAUUGACGAAGCAUUGUAUUUCUUUAAGGCAAACGUGUUCUUUAGGACAUAUGAAAUUAAGAGCGAAGCUGAUAGAGUUUUAAUUUAUAUUACGUUAUAUAUAACGGAGUGCUUGAAGAGAUUACAGAAGUGUGCAACCCAAGCUCAAGCAACAAAUGAAAUGUAUUCUCUUGCUAUAUCAAAAUUUGACAUUCCUGGUGAUCCUGGUUUUCCUUUGAAUUCUGUAUAUGCAAAACCAAGUAGUCCCGUAGAAGCAGAUACUAUGAGGCAAUAUUUACAACAAAUAAGACAAGAAACAGGUGUUAGGCUUGUCGAAAAGGUAUAUGGUGAAGAUGGUAAACCAAGCAAAUGGUGGCUAUGUUUUGCAAAGAAAAAGUUCAUGGAUAAGUCACUGUCUGGUCCCGGACAAUAAAAUAUAUUUUUUAACGCUAUUUUUAGAUUGUAUGUAUAAUGGAUAAAUACAGAAAUUUAUUGCACAGAA